AUGACGGAAGCACACCUAUUCCCGGGUAGUGUUCCGGAUUGGAGCACCCAAAAGGUCAUCCACCGCAACACGCUGUAUCCCAGGAGCCAUUUCUACCUGUACGACAAGGAAAAAGAUGCCUUGACACGAGACAUUACCAAAGCCAAAGUCCAGUGUCUCUCCGGUACCUGGAAAUUUGCCAUUUCCAAAUCUCCGUUCCAGGGACCCCGCCACUUCUACCGCAAGCACUUUGACACUUAUGGUUUCUCUGACAUCAGUGUGCCUGGCCACUGGCAGCUGCAGGGCUACGGAAAGGGCCCUCACUACACCAACUUUGACUAUCCUUGGCCUUGCGACCCUCCCAACAUCCCGUACGAGGAGAAUGAAUGCGGUCGCUACGUCACACGCUUCCAUGUGGGCGACCACUUUGACGGCCACCAGCUCCGCCUCCGAUUCGAGGGCGUCGAUUCCGCCUUUACCGUUUGGGUUAAUGGCGAGGAAGUAGGCUACUCUCAGGGUGCACGAAACCCGAGCGAGUUUGACGUGACCAAGCUUAUCGAGCUUGGUCGCGAAAAUGUGCUUGCUGUCGAGGUGUAUCAGCGCAGCGAUGGCAGCUACAUCGAGGAUCAGGACGAGUGGUGGCUGAGCGGCAUCUUCCGCGAUGUCUAUCUCCACGCGUUUCCCAAGGUCCAUCCUACCGACUUCUUUGUCACUACUGAUUUGGAUGACAAGUUCAAAGAUGCUACACUCAAUGUCAAGCUGGAAACGAGCGCAGCCUCGCGCGUCGAGCUGAAGCUUCUUGAUCAUACCGGCCACUGCGUCGUCUCGGACACCAAGGUCGUCGACACUUCUGUCAAAUUCUCUCUGGAUGUCAAGAAUCCGCACAAGUGGACUGCAGAGACACCGUAUCUGUACACCGUCGUUCUCAACUUCCUCGAUGGACAAGGUUGCAGUCUGGCUCAGAGAAUUGGAUUUAGAGUCGCCGGCUUGAUCGAUGGCAUUUUCUGCGUCAACGGCAAGCCAAUCAAGUUCCGUGGCACAAACAGACAUGAGCAUCACCCUGACCAUGGUCGCGCGGUUCCAUACGAAUUCAUGCGACAUGAUUUGCUCACCAUGAAGCGCCACAACCUCAAUGCCAUUCGCACGUCGCAUCAGAUCAACGAUCCUAGACUCUACGACGUCGCCGACGAGCUUGGUCUCUGGAUUCUGAAUGAAGCUGACCUCGAAUGCCAUGGCAUGUUCCGUCUCAAAGACAAUGCCCUUUCUGACAGUCCAGAGUGGACCGAAGCCUACGUCGACCGCGCAAGACAGAUGGUUUGCCGUGACAAGAACCACGCUUGUGUUGUCAUCUGGUCUCUGGGCAACGAAUCCUUCUACGGAAGAAACCACCAGGCCAUGUAUGAUUAUAUCAAGAGCGUCGAUAAAACACGUCUCGUCCACUACGAGGGUGACCAGCAAGCGAAGACGGUCGACAUUUAUAGCCGCAUGUACUCGGAAGUCAAGUGGAUUGAAGAAUUCGCUAAGGAGCGUGAUUGGGUCAAGCCACUUGUCAUUUGCGAGUUUCUGCACGCUAUGGGUAACUCUUGCGGAAACGCCAAAGAGUAUGUCGAUGCUUUUUACAAGCACCCACGUGUUAUGGGUGGCUUUGUAUGGGAGUGGAACAAUCAUGGCCUGCGCACAAGAAGCAAGGAUGGGGAAGAGUACAUGGGUUAUGGAGGCGACUUUGGUGACGAGCCAAACGACAAAAACUUUGUCAUGGACGGCAUGAUGUGGUCGGACCAUAUCCGUGGCCCCAACUUGAUUGAGUACGCCAAGGCCAUUGAGCCCGUGCAGACCGUCUCACUAGCAGGCGAUGCCCUUACAGUCGUAAAUCGAUACGACAUGAUUGGCUUGGAGCAUAUCGAGGCGACUUGGGAGAUCAGAGCAGACGGAAAGAAGAACCUUGCGAACGGAAAGGUGACAAUUCCAACUUCUGCCGAACCUCAUAGUGAAACCACAGUCACUCUCGAAGGUUACAGUCCCGAUAUAGUCAAGAAGCUAGGUGUCGAGGCCUAUGUUUUCAUCUCAUUCAAGCUUCGAGAAGACACCAAUUGGGCAGAUGCAGGGCACCAGCUCGCGUUUGGUGAAAUCCAAAUUUCCAAGCCUGCUGCCAUUUCGGAAUCGCUGUCUAUGCAACUCACAGCGCCCAAACCGCACGUCCGCAAGACAUCGGACACAGGACUUGAGAUUACCUCUGCAACUGGCGCCUCCAAAUGGAGCUUUGACCUUGUCCGCGGCACGCUCAACGGUUGGAAUAGGUCGAGCCAGCCGGGCUUGAAUCUGCUUUCAGAAGGGUUCACCAUGGACUUUUACAGAGCCCAGACAGACAACGACAGCCAUGGCCACGGCAGAAAGUGGAGUGAUAGCCGCCUUCACCAAACGGGCAUGCAUGUACGACAGGUCAAAUGGAUGUCCGUCUCUGGCGGCGCUCAGGUUGAGGUGGCGGCCAGAAUUGCACCGCCCGUGCUCGCCUGGGCCGUCGACACGGUCUUUACGUACACGUUCCGGGGCGACUCUAUCCACCUCCAUGUGCAUGGAAAGGCGUAUGGCAACGAUCUGCCCGAUACCUUUGCCCGGUACGGCAUCUCAGCCGGCAUCAAGGGCAUUACCAACGUUGCCUGGUGGGGACGCGGCCCUGGCGAGUCUUACCGAGACAAGAAGCUAUCGCAGUCGGACGGCGGCAACCGCACCGACGUCAGGCAGGUCGAGUUCCACGGCGAGAACGGCCGCAUCCUCCGUGCCAACUUUGGCGCGCAGGACGGCGCCAGCUUCAACGCGCUGCACUAUUCGACCAUGGACAUCGACGCGGCGCAGCACCCGUACGAGCUGCACCACAAGAAGAGACAUGAUAGCAUGGUCAAGCUGGACUGGAUGCACCACGGUCUUGGCGGUGCCUCGUGCGGUCCUUGGACGCUGCCGCAGUAUUGCCUGUACACGAACCAGGAAUUCGAUGUCGAAGUCUUGUUGGAUUAA